GUUGCAGAGGCUGUUUUUGUUUUCUCCCUUCCUCCUUCUUGGAAUGAACCAAAUAUGAAAGCAAUUCCUUUUCAAGCUUCACUUUCACUUUCGGGAGUGCAGUCUCCUUGCAACACACUUCCCUGAUGACACGUCUGGAUUCAGACUAAAGAAAAAAGGAAUUGUCCGACGUCUGGAUUCAGACUAAAGGAAAAAGGAAUUGUCCGCAGUCAUCAGAGAUCAAUCACCUGAGAUGAUUUUAUUAUCUGAAACUUAUCUGGAAUAAUCCGCGUCAUGACUUUGAGAUCUUACGGAAUAUCUGUUUAGACGUCAUUCCCAUCGCUUCAUCUCUGUACUUUCAGAAUCAUGAGACAGACUUUGCCUUACAUCUACUUUUGGGGGGGACUUUUGCCCUUUGGGAUGCUGUGUGCGUCCUCUGCCACCAGGUGCACUGUUAGCCACGAGGUUGCUGACUGCAGCCAUCUGAAGUUGACUCAGGUACCCGAUGACCUCCCUACAAACAUAACCGUGUUGAAUCUUACCCAUAAUCAACUCAGAAGAUUACCAGCUGCCAAUUUUACAAGGUAUCGCCAACUAACUAUCUUGGAUGUAGGAUUUAACACCAUCUCAAAACUGGAGCCAGAAUUGUGCCAAAAACUUCCCAUGUUAAAAGUCUGGAACCUGCAGCACAAUGAGCUGUCUCUACUUUCUGAUAAAACUUUUGUCUUCUGCACGAAUUUGACUGAACUCCAUCUCAUGUCCAACUCGAUCCAGAAAAUUAAAAAUGAUCCCUUUAAAAACCAGAAGAAUUUAAUCACAUUAGACCUGUCUCAUAAUGGCUUGUCAUCAACGAAAUUAGGAACUCAGGUGCAGCUGGAAAAUCUCCAAGAGCUUCUAUUAUCAAACAAUAAAAUUCAAGCACUAAAAAGCGAAGAACUUGAUUUCCUCGCCAAUUCAUCUUUAAAAAAAUUAGAGUUGUCAUCAAAUCAAAUUAAAGAGUUUUCUCCAGGGUGUUUUCAUGCAAUUGGAAGAUUAUUCGGCCUCUUUCUCAACAACGUCCAGCUGGGUCCCAGCCUCACAGAGAAGCUGUGUCUGGAAUUAGCAAACACGAGCGUUCGGAGUCUGUCUCUGAGUAACAGCCAGCUGUCCGCCACCAGCAACACAACUUUCUUGGGACUAAAGUGGACAAAUCUCACCAUGCUCGAUCUGUCCCACAACAACUUAAAUGUACUUGGUAACGAUUCCUUUGCGUGGCUUCCACAUCUAGAGCAAUUCUCCCUGGAGUAUAAUAACAUACAGCAUCUGUUCUCUCACUCUUUGCACGGGCUUUUCAAUGUGCGGUCCCUGAAUUUGAAACGGUCUUUUACUAAACAAAGUACUUCCCUUGAUUCGCUCCCCAAGAUUGACGAUUUUUCUUUUCAGUGGCUAAAAUGUUUGGAACAUCUUAGCAUGGACGAUAAUGAUAUUCCAGGCAUAAAAAGCAAUAUGUUCACAGGAUUGAUAAACCUGAAAUACUUAAGUCUAUCCAACUCCUUUACAAGUUUGCGAACUUUGACAAACGAAAGCUUUGUAUCACUUGCUCAUUCUCCCUUGCACCUCCUCAACCUAACCAAGAAUAAAAUCUCAAAAAUAGAGAGUGGUGCUUUCUCUUGGUUGGGCCACCUACAGGUACUUGACCUGGGCCUUAAUGAAAUUGGGCAAGAACUCACAGGCCAGGAGUGGAGAGGUCUGGAAAAUAUUUUUGAAAUCUAUCUUUCCUACAAUAAGUACCUGCAACUGACCAGGAACUCCUUUGCCCUGGUCCUAAGCCUUCAACGACUGAUGCUCCGAAGGGUAGCGCUUAAAAACGUGGAGGGUUCUCCUUCGCCAUUCCAGCCUCUUCGGAACUUGACCAUUCUGGAUCUGAGCAACAAUAACAUAGCCAGCGUCAACGAGGACACGUUGGACGGUCUUGAGAAACUAGAAAUUCUGGAUUUGCAGCACAACAACUUAGCACGGCUCUGGAAACACGCGAACCCUGGUGGCCCUGUUUAUUUUCUAAAGGGUCUGUCCCAUCUCCACAUCCUUAACUUGGAGUCUAACGGCUUUGACGAGAUCCCAGUUGAGGUCUUCAAGGAUUUAUCUGAACUGAAGGUCAUCGAUUUAGGAUUGAAUAAUUUGAACACACUUCCAGCUUCUGUCUUUGAUAAUCAGGCGUCUCUAAAGUCACUGAACCUUCAGAAGAAUCUCAUAACCUCGGUGGAGAAGAAGGUUUUCGGGCCGGCUUUCAGGAACCUGAGUGAUUUGGACAUGCGCUUUAAUCCGUUUGACUGCACGUGUGAGAGCAUCGCCUGGUUUGUUAAUUGGAUCAAUGAGACCCAGACCGACAUCCCUGAGCUGUCGAGCCGCUACCUCUGCAAUACGCCGCCUCACUAUCACGGGUUCCCAGUGAGACUUUUUGACACAUCACCCUGCAAAGACAGUGCCCCUUUUGAACUCUUUUUCAUGAUCAGUACCAGUAUCCUGUUGACCUUUAUCUUUAUAGUUCUUCUCAUCCACUUUGAGGGCUGGAGAAUAUCUUUUUACUGGCAUGUUUCAGUACAUCGAGUUCUUGGUUUCAAAGAAAUAGACAGACAGACGGAACAGUUUGAAUAUGCGGCAUAUAUAAUUCAUGCCCAGAAAGACACGGAUUGGGUCUGGGAACAGUUCUCCCCGAUGGAAGAAGAAGACCAAUCUCUCAAAUUUUGUCUGGAAGAAAGGGACUUUGAGGCAGGAGUUUUCCAACUGGAAGCAAUUCUUAACAGCAUCAAAAGAAGCCGAAAAAUUAUUUUUGUUAUAACACACCAUCUAUUAAAAGACCCAUUAUGCAAAAGGUUCAAGGUCCACCAUGCAGUUCAACAAGCUAUUGAACAAAAUCUGGAUUCCAUUAUACUGCUUUUCCUUGAGGAGAUCCCAGACUAUAAACUGAACCAUGCACUCUGUUUACGAAGAGGAAUGUUUAAGUCUCACUGCAUCUUGAACUGGCCGGUUCAGGAAGAGCGGGUCAGGGCCUUUCGUCACAAACUGCAGGUAGCGCUUGGAUCCAAAAACUCAGCACAUUAAAUUUAUUUAAAUAGUCAAUUAGCAAAGGAGAGACUUACUCAAUGUACAAAGUUCCAUGGUAAAUUUAAGUUUUACAUUAAGGUGUUAUAAUUUGUUUAUUCGUAUUUGUAAGUGAUUAUAUUCUAUCACAAUUAUAUCUCUUCUAGGAAAAUUUUUCUCCUUAUUUCAGGCCUGUUUUUGAUAGUUGACUUAAUUUUACCCGAAACGAACAUAUAGAGACAUAGGAACAUUGUUUACUAAUAAAUAUACAAUUGGCCACUGAGCCUAUGGCAACUUAAAGGAGUCGAAAACAUUUAAAACAUUUUAAAUGUUUUAAAGCAUUCCUAUUUUAAAAAAGUUGGAAUUAUAGGAGGGUUUGUGAUGAUCUUUUCGUUUCUUUUUUUUGGAUGUGCUUAGAAUGAAAGGUAAUUGUUACAAAGGGCAUAAUGCUGUUUCCUUUGUAAAAGCGUAAAAUAUAAAGCCAUAUUUUUAACAUGUUUAAUUACAGUAUUUUUUCAAUGGAAAAACUUUGUAUUUUAGUACGUACUUGUCUCAGUGUUGAUUUUGUUAACUGUUAAUUUUUUUAACAUGCAUACCCAAGGGCAAAAACCAUUUGCAAUUCAUUUUUAUUAGUUAAUGAGAUGGUUAUUUGAAUGAAUAUUUACUUGCAUUUUCCUGAGAGAUGAGUUUCUGCUAUGGGAGGGUAGAAACAAUUAAUUCUCUUACUAAGAGUAUUGUAGACAGGCUUGCUUUCUGAAGGCUAAGCGGUAAUUGGCUUUGCGGAAACAGAACUUGCCUCCCAUGGUCACAGACGCAGGAGAUGGCGUUGGCAAAAUCACUUGGUCCCACUGAGAUUCUUUGACUCUUGAUUUUGAAAAUUCUGAUAAUAAAUAACAUCUUAGAUAUUCCCAUAUAAUUAGUGAUGAUGAUCAUUGUAUAAUAUAUUUCCAGGAAUGUAUUAUUUUACCAUAAAAUAGAUGCUAUGUAUCAGGUAGUCCUUAUCUAGAAAGACUGUUUUUAUUUUUGCUUUUUUGCAUUUGAUUGUUUUUUAGGGACAGAGUCUCCCUCUGUCGCCCAGGCUGGAGUGCAGUGGUGAGAUCUCGGCUCACUGCAACCUGUGCCUCUUGGCUUCAAGCCAUUCUCCUGCCUCAGCCUCCCAAGUAGCUGGAAUUACAGGUGUGUGCCACCAUGCCCAGCUAAUUUUUGUAUUUUUAGUAGAGAGGGGGUUUUGGCCAGGCUGGUCUUGAACUCCUGACCUCUGAUGACCCACCUGCCUUGGCCUCCUAAAGUGCUAGGACUACAGGUGUGAGCCACCGCACCCGGCCUUUUUAUUUUUGUUUUGCAAUACAAUAAAAAAGGUUUUUAGUUUUAAAAGAGAGUCUGACUAUUGGAAAUAGACAUGAGUGGCUUUUGGAAAUAUUUAUACUUCCAAUAUUUAAAGAGAAAGCUGAAGUUAUAAGGCUGAGUUAAUUUCUAUACCUGAAAUGUUCAUUUGUCCGCUGAAUUCAGGGAGCAUUUGAGAUGUGGCUUUUGGAACUUUGAUGUAAACAGUCGAGUAUCCCCAAGGCUGAAUUCCAGCACCUUGGAAUGAGAAAUAUCCAGGUACUGCUGGUUCGGAAGAGUCUAUAGUCUGCCCACACUGAACGUAUGGAGGACUAAUUGUCACUUGUCACUUUCAUAUUAUUUGCCACUCUUAAAGCUGAGACACUGUUUUCUCAGCAUUUUAGUUAAGAUUUGCUUUUUAACUGUACAAUAACCCUGUUUUAUUUUGGUAUAAAAUCAAAACCACAACUUCUUCUUUUCUUAUAUGAUUUGUGUGUUAUCAAUAGUCUCAACUAUUCCUAAGAUAUUUUAAAUAAAUCAUUGCUGCGCAUUAGUCAA